UGGGGUGGGGGUGGGCAGAGAAGAAGGCGGGUUCGCAAGCAGGAGUUCCGUCCCUGCCCCGCAUUCAUUUUCACUCACCAUGACCAGUGCGAUCUUGAGGCGGAAUUCCAGCAAACAGGGCUUGCAGAAUCUCAUAAGGCUGACGGCUCAAAGGAGUGUGGAGGAUGAGGAGGAAGCUGCAAGGGAGCGACGUCGAAGGGAACGUGAGAGACAACUGAGGUCCCAGGCAGAAGAAGGCCUCAACAGCACCUCUGAAGUGGCAAUACAAGAAAGCAGAAUUGAUGGGAAGCCUCCUGGAACCUUAGAACUGGAAGAAGAUGAGGGCUUUAGUGACUGGUCCCAGAAACUUGAACAGCUCAAGCAGCGAUCGGGAGGAGAGGGAGUACAAGAAAUUCACCAAGGGGAAUGCAGAGAAGCCCAAGAAGCAGAGCCUAUACAGUGUGAAGAAAGUCCUAGGUCACCAAGGGGCUCCUACGAAGAAGAAGAAGUAGAAGACAACAAUCUGAAGGAAGCAGAAGUAAUGCUGGAGCAAGUCAAUCUGGACCAGGAGUCUCCCACCUUCAUCCACUUUGAAACCGGACCAUCCAAUUUCCUCAAGUUUGUUUCUACUUCGACUUCGGAAGAUCAGCCUGAAGCAGAGCUGGAGCAGCAGCAACAGCUUAGAGAAACCUUGGAGCUUGGAGAAGAGAAUCAGAAUGCUGAGGACAAGCUCCAAGAGAAUGUUAUAGAAGAGAAUAUGCCUGAGGAAGAGGAAGAAAAACAAGAGGACAAGAAAAGAAGGCGACAUGAGCAAGAAGAGGUCCCAGAAAAACGACAGAGGACCCCAAGUACAUCCAGUCAGGAAGACGAGUGUCAAACUCCUUUAAGCCCAACAUUAAAGAUCACUGACAGGACUGAAUCUUUCAACCGAUCUGUGCAGAAAAGUAACAGUAUGAAGAAGACCCAAGCACCACUUCCAGUUUCCAAGAUUGAUGAUAAACUUGAGCAAUACACUCAAGCCAUUGAGAUCUCCAGCAAAACUCCGAAGCCAGCGCGCCAACCUUCCAUUGACCUUCCUACCAAUAGCGCCGCAGUGGCUAGCACAAAAAGCCUCUGGGAGACUGGGGAAGUGGCUCAGUCAUCUACAAAAUCAACACCCUGCAAGGACAUUGUGGCUGGAGAUAUUGUGAACAUAAGAAGCCUUUGGGAGCAAAAGGAGAACCCCCAAACAGAUACAAAUUCUAAGGUCAAGAUUCCUGGCAAGAAAUAUAAGUAUGUGGCAACUGGACAUGGACAGUACAAAAGAGUGCCAAUAGAAGAUGAUGGGGUGACGGAAAAAUAGCUGUGUUGGUGCCAAACUCACAGAUUGGAAACCCGAGGCAAUACUUCAUGCAACGCUGAUGUUUCCCUGGCUAUACGGGAACUAUAGUGAAAGGAUUUCUUCCCUCCUAGCAAUCUGCUUUAAAACCAGCUAUUGAUUUCUUCACAGAUGGAAGCAUUUCUCCAAGCUGACUUCAUUUGAACUUGGACUUGGCAUCAACUCAAGAAGCAAUAAUGAAUUGGAAACUCUUUCUAGAUCGGAUUUUUAUUCUGAGAAAUUUAACUUGUAUGCUGUAUUGAGCUUUUCUAAAAAAAAAAAAAAAAUUUUUUUUUGAACUGAAUUCCUAGCCUUUGACUAGGAGAAAAAGGUGGAACUUUUCCUCCUUCCUAUCUUUCUCUUUACACCCUUGGUAAGGAGGGAGGAAUCUUCAGCCUCAAGAUAGCUAGAAUAGAUUUCUGAGAUCCAAGAAUGAAAACAAAAGUAAAUAUAGAAAUAACACUGAGGGUUAAGCAGUAUAGCUGAUGCUAAGGAUUCUUGUAUUAUUCAAGCUUAUCAAAUGGCAAGAGAUACCAGAAUGUCUAUUCUUGACCAUAAGAUGAUGUUUUGCAGGUGGGAACAUAAUUUCUUAAUACCAUUCUUAAUACCACAGAAUUUUAAAGACUGAAGACUGUUUUGGUGCCACUCUAUUUAAAUACUGCCCUUAGUAUUCUUUUUCAAUGAAGAUUUCUAAGAUGGCUUUUGUGGUGAGACUUUGUUUCAGUUAUGGUUAUCUGGCUAAAAUGCACUUAAGGAAAUACCUUCUCCCAAAGUGCCUAUCCUAACCACAAAGUAAACGCCAUCUUGGCUUGCUUUGCUUAUUUUUUUUCCUUCUGAUGGCUGAGUCACGUGAACAAACUGGAGCCUUUAUUCCCUUUAGAUCUAUACUCCUCUCAGAUGUAGAUAUUGAAACUGGAACACUGCAAUGUUUCUUGAAAUAUUUUCUGACCAAAAAAAAAAAAAGGGCUGAAGAGUAAACGCAGGACAUUAUCUUGAGAUCCAAUGUACCAUUUGACCUUUAUCUCCCUUAUCUAAAUAAUUCUUGCCUUGAAGGAGACAUGGGGCAAUUGAGGUGCAGUUCUUAUUGUGGUGCGUUUAACAAGAUGAAUGGUAGCUCCCCGAGAACCACUCAAAUUACAGGACAAUCCUUCACCUGCUCCCACCAACGGCUGCUGAUACCUUUUGACCUAGUGGAAUAGAUCCAUUCCUGGAAAUAUAAAUGCAUCUCUUUGCUUCUCUAUUACAAAUAGCAUUUGCCACCCUGUAGGUAAAAAAAAAAAUGUCCAUUAUAUCCUGCCUCUCCUAAGACUUGCCUUUAGAAAACAGUUCUUUUCUGUAUCUUUCAUUUUUUCUUUUGCUUUCAUCUGUUAACUUUUUGUGUGAUCUGGUAUGUUUCCUAACAAUUUAAUAAAAAUUCUGUGAAACAUAAA